AAGAAUCAGAGUUCCACUGCUGUGUCCUCAAGAAGAAGAACACAAAGAUGAAAAGAUUUUUCCAACCAAUUGAAAAAGAUGGAUCUUUCAAGAAACCCACUAUUUCUUCUGUCUCUUCUUCCGAGAAAGAUGGAGAACAAACGACAGAAACAAUUUCUGAGGGUGCUGGUGAGAACAAGAAAGAGCCAAGAAAGUUCUUGACAUGGAAUGCUAAUAGCUUUCUUCUUAGGAUCAAGAACAACUGGACAGAGUUCACCAAGUUUAUUGAGAAUCUUGACCCUGAUGUCGUUGCCAUACAGGAAGUAAGAAUGCCAGCUGCUGGUUCCAAAGGCGCACCUAAGAACCCAAGAGAGUUAAAAGAUGAUACCAGCGCUUCACGUGAAGAAAAACUGGUGGUGACACGAACCUUAUCAAGUUCACCAUUCAAAAAUUAUAAUGUUUGGUGGUCUCUUUCUGACUCAAAAUAUGCUGGAACUGCAUUAUUCAUCAAAAAGUGUUUUCAACCGAAGAAGGUUUCCUUUUCACUUGAUGCUGCAGGUUCUAAGCAUGAACCAGAUGGUCGAGUUAUUUUGGCUGAAUUUGAGACAUUCCGAAUAUUAAAUACAUAUGUGCCAAACAAUGGGUGGAAAGAAGAGGAAUCUUCAUUUCAGAGGAGAAGAAAAUGGGAUAAAAGAAUGCUAGAGUUUGUUCUCGCAACUUCAGAUAAACCCCUUAUUUGGUGUGGUGAUCUUAAUGUAAGUCAUGAGGAUAUUGAUGUAAGUCAUCCAGAAUUUUUCAGUGCAGCCAAGCUCAAUGGUUACAUUCCACCGAACAAAGAGGAUUGUGGUCAACCUGGAUUUACCCUGGCUGAAAGGAGGAGGUUUGGUGCCAUAUUAAAAGAAGGAAAGCUAGUAGAUGCAUAUAGAUUUCUUCACAAGGACACGGACAUGGAAUGUGGCUUCUCAUGGUCAGGAAAUCCAGUUGGGAAGUAUCGUGGGAAAAGGAUGAGAAUAGACUACUUUAUUGUAUCUGAGAAAAUGAAAGACAGGAUUGUUUCAUGUGAGAUGCAUGGACGAGGGAUCGAAUUGGAUGGUUUCUAUGGGAGUGACCAUUGUCCAGUAUCUCUUGAACUCUCUGAGAAGGAUGAAGAUUCCAAACAAGGUUGAAAUGUUUAUGUUUAAAGCUAGUGCUCAGUAGUCAGUACUAUAUGUUUCAUGCUAAAACACUACUUGCAGAUCUUAUUAGAGGUAAUUUUCUAGUCCCAACUCCUAAUCCCCUAGAUUAGCCUAAUUAUUUCAGUUGUUAGUGUGGACACAUUUCCUAUUAAUUUAAUGACAAGAUUUGGAACACUGA